CGAAAUUGCUACUGUCCACUUCCUGUUUCAUUUCGCUUGGGUAGGUGACAACUAACCAACGAUGAAGAUUAGCGUGUUAGCCGUGUUUUUGUCAGUUAUUUCAGGCGCAGCCUGCGUAAAUUAUCAACCUCGCGCCAUACAGAUUACAGAAGACACAUGGGAAGAUAUCCUGGAAGGAGAAUGGCUCGUAGAAUUUAUGGCCCCUUGGUGUCCAGCGUGUCAGUCAUUUAAGAGCACGUGGGAUUCGUUUGCCCAGAAGUGGAGUCGAGAUCUGGAAGUCAGCGUUGGAACUGUGGACGUUACUUCAAGCCCAGGACUUAGUGGAAGAUUCCUCAUAACAGCUUUGCCUUCAAUUUAUCAUGUUAAGAAUGGUGUGUUUCGGCAGUACCGUGGGGGACGACAGGAGACUGAUCUCAUCACGUUCAUCGAUGACAAAAAGUGGAACGAUAUUGAUCCUGUGUCCAAGUGGAUCUCCCCAGACUCCUUACAGAUGGGAAUGGUCGGGUUGUUCUUCAAGUUCGCCAUGACAAUAAGGUCGUUCUACACUCUGAUGACAGAAGAGUAUGGUAUCCCGGAAUGGGGCUGCUACGUGAUAUUCGCCCUUCUCACCAUUGUUACAGGCCUUGUUAUGGGGCUGAUUCUUGUGUGCAUCUGUGACUUUGUGGGCUCCAACAGACAGGUACCUCCACCCAUACCAAGAGGCAUCAUGGACCCAGCUUUGGACAAGGAGGGUGAUUUAAUUGAUGACACGCAGGAGUCAGACGGUGACACAAAAGUCCGACGCCGUGCCACAAAUAAAGACAAUGAUGGUGAGGGCGAGGCAGAUGACAGCGACGAGGAAGAUAAAAAUACGGGAGAUAAAGACACAGGAGAUGGUGGCACAGAAGAGAAAAAAGAAAAAUGAUUGAUUAGAUUUAAUUUUAAUUUAAAAAGUUUAACCAUGGUACUUGCCAGUUGUACUGAUUUUAUGUUUGGACUAAAAUGUUAUAAAGACUUUCUUUAAGGUAUUAUGAAGCUAAAUAGGUAGGAGAUUGAACGUUUUGAGCAUGGAUUGGGUUGGUCGUACGCUGAUAGUUGUUGACCUUUGUAAGAGAAUUCCAGGAUUAUGUUUUGCAAAUUUCAUGAAAAACAUAAUCGUGUAAUGAACUAGUAGCUGUUAGAUUGAAAUACAAUAUGCUGCUGUUGUAUGUUACAUGAUAGAAAAGAGGUUGCGAAACAUGACUUGUAUGUGUAUAUGUCCGUGUGUACUUCUAAAUACAUCAUCAAGGUGUGCGUACAUUGUACUAGUUUAAAACUACAUGUACAAAUAUGAGAUUUAAGUGAGUAUAAGCUAGCUUACUUGAUCAAGUUUUCAAGGAGAGUUUUCACACACCGCUUUUAAGCUCAUCUUCAACUUAGAUAUGUACAUGUAGAUGUGCUGUUCUGCAAACUCUAUUCUAAAUUUAAAAAAAAUAAUAAUUAAAUGACCAUGUUAUGGUUGUAAUAGGAAAAAAGAUAGCUAAAGUUAGAGUUGUUACAUCACAGUUAAAAUAUUCUUACGCCAUAAUUCUUUGCAGUCCUUUUAUCAGAACUUAUUUUUUUAGAGUGCCAUGGUAUUUUAAUUUUUUAAAUAACUGUACAAUAUGGGAUUCAGUGCAUAAUAUUUCAAUUUUUAAUGUAAUUUGCCAAAUUAUUUGUCAAACAUGAUUGUCUCAGUUUCAAACAGGGUCCGGUUUCACAAAAACUUUUCAACGCCAAAAUAUUUUCCCGUCUAAAAUCCCAUAAUCUCUUUAGACAAACCCAAUCAGAGAGGCAAGUUCUUGCUAAGUCUGUUAUUCAACAUAUUUUUUGUGGAACCGGGCCCAGCUGAUUGCUUUAUCUAAUUUGUUUGUUGUUCUUAUUUCCCACAUUAUCGGCCGAUUGUUAAGGACUUUGUUAAAGUUAACAAUUUGAUAAACGACAUCGUUGUUAAUUUUUAAAACUAAAUGUGGUCUCAUAUUUAAAUAUGAACAACUACAGUUGAAAUAGUUCCAUCAAAUCUUGUUAGAAAUACUGCAGAGCACAAGGUAUCCAAAACAUUCCUGAGCAGUAAUGAUUUGAAAGUUAACAAUGACGCUAACAAUGUUAUUUACUUUAAUAAUGUUCUGAAGAAGAGGCCGAUUGUGGCUUUCCUCUGUAUUAUUUUAAAGGAUAUUUUCAAUUGUUUUGCUAUAUUAUAUGUACAAUGUAUAAGAAGAGUUGGUUUGGUGAGCAUUGCCAAAAGAAAGUUAAAAGUCUGUUUUUACCUUAGCUUUUACUGUUUUACAGAUAUAGGGGUUAAAGUCUGUUUUAACCUUAGGUAUACUGUUUUACUGAUAAAGGGGCUUAGCCAGGUUUUAAAAAGGUGCUGCAGAAAAGGGACAGGGUUCUAAGGACAAAACGGGCACACAGUAACGGGCUACCAAGAACUUGAACAUUGGUAAUUUUUGACGCAAAAUGUUAGCCGUUGUGUAGUUAAAGCAAUAUUAGAUUUCAACUGCCAAAUAUUUAAAGUUUGUAUGUAUUUAUAAUCAUAUUAUAAGUUUUUAUGAAAAGGUAAGAAAUAUUUGACAUUCACAUUUCAUUCUGUAAAGGCCAAAAUGUUGCCAAAUGCUUGUCUCCAUGAAGGGUACUACCAAAAAUGGACAGGGUGCUGCCUUUUUUCCAUAACUCUCAAUAGCUGAAACCCUUCUUUUAAAUAUGUUAAAAAUUGAACUCCAUCAAUUCUGCUCGAUAUAUACAGUGCCUUUUGAUAGAUAUGUAGAAUAAUAAUUUGCCUUGUACAACAAAACUUUUUACACAAAACCUCUAGAGCUUUUCUGCUUUCGAUAUAAAGACUGAAGUAUGAACUGUGAACUGUAAGGGAAUACUUAAAGCUAUUUGUUGAUAGGGACUGAUUCAAAGAUUUUUUAUUUCGGCAACCGUCUUUUUUAAACUUUAUUUUGAAUUACUCACUGCUAUGAACAUAUGCCCAACAGCAACACAGACUCAAUUGAACAGAAUUUUAUAAAUCCAAGCCUGAAAUCUUUCAAAAUUUCGUAGCAUUUCUAACGCUUUUCGGCAAAAAUAGAGCAUUGACUGUCACAUUUUUAUGAAAUUAUUUACAAUAGAGCUCUCACAUUUCAACAUGUGAUGAUGAUGAUUUGUAUUUUAAACUAGCAUUUUUGUUUACAUUUCACUUGAAAAAUAUUUUCUUCCAUGUCAGACCCUAUAAAGCACAAACCAGUCCCUAUCAAACUUGUUCUCAAUGUUCAAGUGAGUUGUUUCAAAGGCAUUUAUUUUAUAAAACACUUAGUUGUCAGGUAAAACAAGAAAUCCAAGGCUUAGUAUUAAAAAAUAAAUAAACUAAGUUGUUUCCUGACUUAAAGUCUAUUUCUUGAAAUUUCAUGGUCAAUUUAAAGGAAAGUGUGAGUGAUUUUACAUAAAGUGUAUAUUUUCAAUAAAGUCCACAAAAAUAAACUAUUUAAGGAAUCUAUAAGAGCAUUUAUCAUGUGACCAGUUUGAUACUUAAAUAAGGAAAAUAACAUAAGUUAAGAAAUUACUGGUUUGAUGUAUAAAUUAGUGAAACUGGUAGUAUUGUACACAUUGAUCGAUGUAAUUAAUACUCACAUGUUUACAUUUUGUCUGAGCAAACUGAUGAACAAUUUAGACAAGAACUGAUUCUUAAAGAAGGAUGAUAACACUUUAAGAAUAAUCAAAAUAAUUAAGAAAAUACAAUGACUUAAAUAAGACGAAAUGUCUUAACCAACCAUGUUUAAAUUCUGUCUCUUGUCAUUUUUAGAAAACGUUUAUAGUUUCAAUGGUGAAGAUUUAUUCUAUUUCAUUAAUCAGAAGUCAUAUAUCAUUUAUCAAGUGUGAUGCAUAUAGCAAUUAUCAUGAUCGUUUUCAUCAGUUUUAUCAAUUUUCGUUGAAAUGUAUUUUGUUAGAAUACUGUAAUCUAUCUACCCUGAUUGCUGACUAACACUGUCUUUCAGUCAUCCUAUCCAUACACAUUAUCAUGGUAAAUUCAUGGAAUUAAGAAUGAAAGUUCAUAUUAGUGUACAGUAGUAUUUAUCAGUCCGUGUCAAAAAAUAAUCAUUUAUUUCCAUCAAUAUCUUCAAAAAAUAGGAUACAUGUAGGUAGACAGGCGUACAUGUAUCAUUAUUUAAAUCAUGACAUGUAUUAUAUUAUUUUCCUUUUUACCAAUGCCUAUUGCAUUGUGAUACUAUAAGAUUCAUUAGUAUCUAAGCAAAGAACAAAUACAGGAACUGAAAACAGACGUACCGAAGACAGAAAAUAUGACUCCAAACAAAUCUAUGGUCAGCAAUAAAAAUGGGGUCAGUCGGGUUGCCAAAACAAGCUGUGUCACUUGAGUAGAUAUAUGACAAUAAAUCUCUUGGACUCUUACGCAUGGGUCAUUUUGUUAAAUUUAUUCAACCAUGAGCUAUUUUUGAAAGCACAUGCUUACUGAAUAGCCAUUGGAAUUAAUGCUAAAUUUGGAUUACAAGUGAACCCAUAUAAAUGUUUUGGGAUCAUUUAAAUGUGAAAAAUGAAUAACUAAAAAUAGACUACAAAUAGAUGUCUUGCAGUUGUCUUUGUUUUGCUUUUUAUUUGUUUUUCAACUGAAAUUAGACAGUAAAUGACCUAUCUUUCACAGUAAAAAAUAAGAUUGUUAUAUUUUGCAAUGUUAUUUCUACAUACCCGGUACUCUUUAUCUUCAUAUCAAACCCUUUCAAAUGAUGCCAUCAUGAUAUGGGUUCCAAAAUUUACAUAAUUGUACAUACUGGUAGGCUACCCCUAAAUUAAAUUAUGAUCAAAAACCUUUUUUGGCGACCACUUUCUAAAUUUGAAGUUGUAGAAAUAUAGUUGUUGUAUGUAUAAAUUUAGUGAUUGCAAAUAAUACAAAGAUUUUCUUUUGUGAUAUCUUUGGUUAUGUAUUGUAUAUAUGUUACAUUCCAAGAUAUGUGUACUGUAUGAUUUUACGGUCCGCCCCAAGACAAUUUGGUUACAAAUACUAAUUGGAUACGCCUUUAUCAGCAAAUGAAGAGAACUUAUGGAAGAUAACAUCACACAAUUAUAGCUAUAUUUCUGUGUUUUAUGUUUCAUGUAAACUAAUGUUAUUUCAUGUUAAGUAAGGCAUGUUUCAUGGUAACCUGGCUAUGUUUUAUGUUAAUUUAGGCAUGGUCAUGUUAAUUUAAAGAUGCACUCUCGCAGAUAUACCAUUUUUACUUUUUUAUUUUUUGUCUUGGAAAGAGCAAAUUUGUGUGUAAAUAUCUGCAAACCAAUGAUAAAAGAUUGCUGACAAAAGUUCAGAUCGUAGAUUUUAAUAUAUCCGUUCUAAAAUUUAUGUUUAAUGGCUUAAAUCGUUACUAAAGGUUUAAGAAAAAUACAUAGAACAUCAAUUUUUGAACUUGAAUAUAAAAAAGAACAUCAAUUUUUAAAACUUAAAUAUAAAAAUCUGCGAUCGAAUUUUUGUCAGCAGUCUUAUAUAACUGGUUUCCAUGGAUUUUUGCAAAUAUUGUCUCGUUUCAAGACAGAAAAUAAAAAAGUUGUCUAAAGGUUUAAUCUGUGAGAGUGCAGCUUUAAGCAUGUUUCAUGGUAACUUGGACAUGUUUCAAUUAUUUUAUCCCAAUUGUUUGCAACACCAGAUGUUGUAUUUCAAGUAUUAACAAUGUUUAUUAUCAAAAUUAAAUUUUUAUUUGAAUUUUAAGAAAAUGUCUUAAUUUCUUAAUACUGUUUUAAAGUGUGGUUCACAUAUAUGUGAAACAUUCACUCAAUAUUUUAAACCAUUGAAUUGCAUUUUUAUCUUAACACUGUUUUAAAAUGUAUUAAACUGUGCACCAUAUUUUAAUUGUUAUAUUAUUUUUUCUUGAUUAUCAUUUGUUUUAAAAAUCCUUGUAAACACCUUGGGAAAAUCGGUCACUCGUUAGAUCUAUUAAGUGCCCAAUUAUCAUUGUAUUUUCCAAGAAAUAUAAUAUAUAAAUCUUAGACAACCUUGAAAUUAAUGGAUUAGUUUGUAAACAUAUCUAUUCAGGUCAAGGAAAUAUAAAAAAUAAUGUACAAAUAAACAAUAAUACAUAGAAUUUUUCUAAAUGGAUGGGAAGAUGAGCAUUUUAAAUGCAUAUAUAAGUUACUUUCCAAAAUAAUGGAUUAAUUAACUGAGACCAAAAAUUCAUUUGCAUCAUACAUUUAAUAUUGACUUGUGUACAUGUAUUUGCAAUGUAUCUUAAUAUGUAUUGCAAUUCGUAACAUGUUUUGUUAUAUAUUUAAUCAUGAAUUGCGAUGUAUCUUAGGGCUAUUCCAGUUAAACAUAUAACCCCCAGGUGGAAGUCAAUUAUUUAAAUAGUAUAUGAGUUGGUGUCGCUAAUUUGGACCCCAGAAGGGUAAAUUUGCUUCUGUAGGGGGGUGGCAUAAUUUAAAAGUGCCUUCCCCCUGGCGGUUAUAUGUUGAAAUGGAAUAGCCCUUAACAUUUAUUGCAACAUAUCUGAACAUGUAUUGUUAAAUCUUAACAGGUUUUGCAAUAUAUCUUUACAUAUAAUGCCAUAUAUAUUUAAAUCACUUGAACAUAUAGUGUAUCAUAAUUAUGAGAUGGUUGGUUAAUUUUGGGGACCUCAAUUUAUUUGUUAAAAUGUUUCCCAAAUAUUGUGGCUUUCCCUGAAGAAGCUUGUCCAACAAUUGAGUUUGUUUGGUUUAUUGCAUACAUGCAGACAUACAUGUACAAUGUUCAUAUUUGCAUUGUUAUUUCUAUGCAUUACUUCACAAAAAUAAAAGUUAUUUAUU